UCCUUCACUCUCUCUAUAAAACAGCUUCGCGUCCGGCGGCCACUCCGCUCUCACCCCCCACCACCACCACUUCACCACCCGGAGCCCAGCGAGAGGAGAGGAGAGGAGAGGAGAGGAGAGGAGAGCGAGAAGGGACGAGGACAAGAUGCAGAUCUUCGUGAAGACGCUCACCGGGAAGACCAUCACGCUGGAGGUGGAGGCCUCCGACGCCGUCGACAACCUCAAGGCCAAGAUCCACGACAAGGAAGGUAUCCAGCCGGACCAGCAGCGUCUCAUCUACGUGGGGAAGCAGCUUGACGAUGGACGCACCCUGGCCGACUACAACAUCCAGAAGGAGUCCACGCUUCACCUCGUGCUGCGCCUCGUCGGCGGUGGCAAGGGCUCGUGCUAUCCAGCGAAGAUGGAGCCUAACCUGCUCGCCCUCGCGCUCAAGUACAGCCAGCACAAGCUUAUCUGCCGCAAGUGCUAUGCACGCCUGCCCCUCAGGUCUGCCAACUGCCGCAAGAAGAAGUGCGGCCACAGCAAUGACAUCAGGCCCAAGGAGAAACUGCGCUACCACGACUGAAGCGUUGGAAACAUAACUAAGUGACAUGUGAUAGCUGAAUCAACUGGGAGUUCAAAGUUUGGUUCGAGUCUUAGUUUCUUGGAUAUGAAGUUUGAUCCUAGUUAAAUGUUGCUUCUGGAACCUAGAACCCUGAAAUAUGCUAGCUGGUUGCCCUUUUAUAAGUUUCUGUCAUGGUAUUGUGCAAUUUUAUCUUGCAUGAAUGGUGUAAUCAAGUAUCUGAGGUCUACUAGCUUGAAUGAUAUGAUGAAGUCAAGUAGUUUUUUUUU